CCCAGGCAUGGCCAGCAGAUGACUGUUAGCCGAGCCGGUGCUCGUACUCGACUCUAAUAUGAGCGAAGUGGUGGCAGUGACGCCGACUGGUGGACCUACGCGCCAGGAAAGCGUGACACACAUCAAACGGCACAAACUGGCCAACUGUAAUGUUCCUCUCGUGCACGGUCGGCCGAAUCCGUCGAUCAGUCCACGCAGCAGACUGACCACGCAUCAACGAAACCACAGUUUGGACUUCAGAUCAAUGGGUAUUCUACUACCGCCGGUGCCUCAGGCAACUGCAACAACGCUGACGCAUCAUCACAGAAAUCGGAGCUUGGACUCCGCCCUGCAACGGAUCCCAGAGGUGGACGUUACACCGAGUCCGGAAUGUGAGAAUCCCGCGCCUUCGUCGGUCUCUAAAACGACGACGGUGACGUCGUCAUCCUCGGGAUCAUGCGGAAAGGGCGCGCGCACCGCGCGGGAACGCGAGGAUCUAGCCAGUCUCGGCUCCGACGAUUCCGGCAUCCUGUGCGGCUCCGAUAGCGGCUCGAGCGACGCCACGAACGCGCCUGCCACCCGCGAAUCCAGCGUGGAUCAUCUGCACAGCCGUGAGAGCCUCGACUCGUCCGUGUCACAGCCGGGUGACGUGUAUUCGGUCGACGCGGUGGACGGUAUGGAGAACAGUGCCGGUGUGGUAUCAGUGUCAAUGUCAGUGCCGGUGUCGCCCGUGGAACUGUCCACUCGUUUAAGUGACAGUCCGGCGUCUCCCGUAUCCCCCGAGAGCGAGACCAAUGGUGAUCGCUCCCGGUGCGACGACCCAAAUGGUGAUGAAUGUUGCUCGCAGGAACCGCGACCGAAUGUGAAUGUGCGAGAACGCGAUAGCGACAGUCAACAUGAUUAUCAGCAUCAAGAAUGCAUCAAUAAUUAUCAAGGCGCUAUGCAAGUGUCGUCAUCACCGUCCGUGACCGAUACGAGUCAGAGCGAGUUGGCCGGAGCGGCCAUGACCCUUUGCUGUGGCACGGCUGCAACGCAGCAGCAAGAAGUAGAGACGGUCAAGAAGCAAUCGGAUGUUAUUCGUCGACAGAAGCAAGAGACGAAGCAACCGAAACCUUCAGAAGGCUGUCUGCUACGACUUUUCGAGAGUCAAAUAUUUGACAUGUCCAUGGCUAUCUCUUAUCUGUUCAAUUCCAAAGAACCCGGCGUUCAAAGUUAUCUAGGUAACAAGAUGUUCAGUUUUCCGGAUAAUGAUGUGGACUUUUACUUACCGCAGUUAGUUGUGAUGUAUAUACAACUUCAUGAUGUGACAGAAGUCCUUUAUCCAUAUCUUGUUUAUAGAUGUAGACAGUCAGCAGAUUUCUCGUUAAAAUGUGCCUGGCUGCUAGACGCAUAUAGUUCCGAUGCUCAUUUGCCGUCAAAGAAGAAGUCUCAUGGGACCAAAUUGAAAAAUCUUAUCCUGUCAGAUGAACUCAGGCCAAAGGGAAAUGAGGGUCGAAAGCAACGUGUCACUGGAUUGCAAGUUCCUGCGCCAUCACCAUUGCCCUCGACGCAAAUUCUUACGUCGCCGAAUAAGAAAACCCACCAAAGAUCUCAGUCCGACGCUACUGGAUUGUUCCAGACUAUACGCCGUAGUCAUUCCGGUAUAAUAAAUAAAGUAAGUCUUGGGGACCUGAGCUCUGGUCGAGCGUUUGACAACGGCUGUACCUGCUUUUAUUCCUGCCAAGGUGUGGUGAACGAUCUGCGAGGCCAAAAAACCGAUUGUUUUUGCAAUGCACCCCGACUCGCACCAGAACUCGAAUUUAUUCAAGCUCUAAUAUCAAUUGGUAAAUUGCUCGGGACUAUCCCAACAAAGGAAAGUAAAACCGUUCAAUUAGUGGCGGAGCUCAAUACGCUUAACUUGAAUCUCCCUGCAAGGGUGUGGCUUCCUCUGCACAGUACGAUACCGCAUCAUAUCGUGCGAGUUCCGCCGCAAUACGCCGCCGUUCUUAACAGCAAGGACAAGGCACCUUAUAUAAUAUAUGUGGAAGUAUUGGAGGUGGAAGAUUUAUAUACAUCGCCCGUGCCGACGAAAAUAAUGGGCAGUUCGUUGAGGCAUACUAAGUCUGAGGAGAAUUUAACGGGCGGCGAGCAGUCCAACAUAUCCACUUCAGAUAGUCAACAGAACUCGGCGGUACGACAAACACCCGUAAAAAAUAUCUCGCCUUAUUCUGUUAGGAAUACAGAUGUGGCAUUUAGUUUCCCUGAUGAUGAUCCUAAUGAUUGUUGGAGUCAGGAAGAUGACGAGAUCACGCAGCAGUAUUUACAGCUUCGUAAGCUAAAAGAUCGAGACACCAUAUCGCAACUGAGUCAAGAAUCGUCCGAUAGCAGAGAACCGAUCUUUGUACCAGGCGACAUCAAGAGAAGAUUGAGUGAAAUGGCAGCUACGCCAAGCGCGACUUUCAGUCACGAUCCCGAAGAUCCAUCGGCGGCGGUUCUCAAAGAGCCAUGGGAGCAAAAGCAACGACGCAUAAGAGCUUCCAGCCCGUAUGGGCAUUUGGCAUCUUGGAGAUUACUCGCGGUAAUCGUGAAAUGCGGUGAUGAUCUCAGACAAGAACUUCUCGCCUCGCAGUUGCUCUCAAUGUUGCAAAAGAUUUGGCAAGAUGAACAAGUGCCCCUUUGGGUACGCCCGUAUAAAAUACUGUGUCUGUCCAACGACAGUGGUCUGAUCGAACCAAUCUUGAACACCGUCUCGCUCCAUCAAGUGAAGAAGCAGUGCCAAUUAACACUUAUCCAAUAUUUCGAACGAGAGUUCGGCCCUUCUACCUCAGAGACGUUCCGUGUGGCACAGAGAAAUUUCAUUCAGAGCUGCGCCGCGUAUUGCCUGGUCAGCUAUCUCAUUCAAGUAAAAGAUCGUCAUAAUGGCAAUAUUCUGCUACACAGCGACGGCCAUCUAAUCCACAUAGAUUUCGGAUUCAUUUUGUCGACCUCGCCGCGAAAUCUCGGCUUUGAGACCAGUCCGUUUAAACUGACGCCGGAAUUUGUCGAGGUGAUGGGUGGCAAUCAGUCCAAGCUCUUCGAGGAAUUUAAGAGCCUCAUUCUUCAAGGCUUAAUUGCGGCACGGAAGCACAUGGAGAAAAUAGUUAACCUCGUUGAGAUUAUGUUGUCGGGUUCUCAGCUUCCGUGUUUCCGCAGUGGAGGGGCGGCGACUGUUCAAGGUCUCAAGAAUAGGUUCCACCUCACGUUAACGGAGGAUCAAUUGCGUCGGCAUGUUGAGGAUUUAGUCGAAGGCAGCAUUCACUCGUGGUCCACUAAACUCUAUGAUCGAUAUCAAUAUUUUGCAAACGGUACUCUUUAAUAUCAAGAUUAACGAUCUUCUCUGUCUAUCGCGCGUUUUGUUUAAAACUUUUGCGAGGUCAAAGGAAAAGACAUCAAUCCGAUAUAUGUUGUGGGUGUUUCUUCCACAAUUUUUACAUACAUUUAAUAACUCCGUUGACCAAUCCGGCGGUCGCCAACAAGCAUACAUUCAAGCCAAUUUACCGCGUCUGAGAAAUCUAUUCCGUACUAUGAGUUGCGUUAAAAAUGCAAUAACGUAAAUAGACAUGAUUUAUCUCCUCAAUUUGGUGAAUGUAUUUGCUUUAAUUGUGCUAUAUUUUGAGAAACGGCUUCUAUUAGUUUCGAUAUGUAAAUAAAGAAUUGUAAUUGCAUAUAACAAUUGCACGAUAGCGGGGAAAAAGACGGAAAGUUCUUUCUGGGCAUGAGAGUUAAAAUUUGGUUGCAACGCUGUUUUCUAGCAUUCCACAAGCACAAAUGACGUUUUAGAGUGGAAAAACCGCUUUCCUCUUGAAUAUGUAGAUAGCCUCGAUCAGGCUAACGUAUAGAAUUCGGGUAGAUUGCCAUUCUUUGAGUUCAACGUUAUUCCUUACUUUUGUGAUGGGUAAGAACGAUAUGAAAUAUUUUUAGCAGAAUUCAAAGCGAUCUCGAUGUUUGAUAAAUUAAGAAACUUUGACGAGAUGAAUGGAAUAUAUCAAUAUCUUAAGAGAACAUGACUUACUUAGUUGAAGAGUGUGAGCGCUUCGUUGAAAGUUAAAAAUAUUUAUCGUCGUUUGAGAAAUUAGAUAAUGAAAGAAGGAAAUGAUCUAUGAGAAUUUUGGUAUCCACAGUUGAUUACAUAUAUCCACUAUAUAUAUAUAACGUUUUUUGUUCGAUACAUUAAGACUGCUGUUGUUUACGUAUGCCUCGAUUGACAAGUUGCAAAUUAGCUAUCGCCGCAGCGCAGACGUGACGUCAUUGACUGAGCGCGUUGGACUGCUAAAUCGAGUGUAGCUUAUAUAAACAGCGUAAUUUGUUGAAGGUGCCUUAUUUGUGUAGAGAAACGUGGAGACGAUCAAACCUAGACACAGUGAAGUGAUGUGUUAACGUGGCAAUCUUAGCGUGGAGCUGAUUGAGCGUAAAGCGGACAAUCUGUAAUUUGUACAUAGCAAAAAAAAAGAAUGAAGGGAAAACAUUGCUUAGACUUUCGUAGAUAAUUCGCGGCAAUAAAACGUAGAGCCUACUAAGCGGUAGGACGAAAUCGGCGAAUCUCCAUCCCUGGGGGAUUUUAACGCAAUUCUGGCAAGUGCGCGAGAAGGCUACGUACAAAAUAUAGGCUCGGAUAUUAGCGGGAGGCGAAUACUCAAAAUAUUUCCUAUUUCGUAGAUUAGUACUCUUCGAUAAAUACAUCUAAUUGUACACGCGGUAUGAAUUUAAGGACUAAGCAUUAUACUAUAGCGAGUCUUAAGGAUCACAUUUGAAAGUUUUUACAUGUUCUUAUAUUACGUAAACAUUCAUUCCCCCUUCCCUCUCCCUUCCCUUUCCAUAGCUGUGAAUGCGAGGAGCGUCGUAGUUGCGUAUGGAGGAUAAUUAUUUAAUCGUAAUUCCUCGCGAGUGACGUUUUACGUACAUAUGUCCGUUUAAGUAAAUUAUAUAGAUAUAUAUAUAGAUAAACUACAAAGAGAUAUUGUACAUAUAUAUAAAAUGACAAAUUUUAUCACCUUAUUAUGCUAUAUCAGUUAAGAAUUUAAUCGAGGAUGAAUGUUCGAAGCAAAAUCAAAGUUAUGGCUGGAGCCAGCCCGGAGUACUAGAGAGACCUGGGCCCUCUGACUUCCAAGUGUCUUAUGUCUUUCUCUCUUGCUCCCUGUCUCUUCUUCUCUUAUCAUAACCGUCUCAUGAUAGACAGGCAGACCAGAAAUCAGAUAAGAUUAUAGGAUGAUUAAGAAUGCGAAACUAAAUCCGUCAAUACUCCGAUACAUUGGUUCUCUUUUAUUUUCGAUUUCGGCAAACUCUCGUGAAAAUUAUAUAUUAUAUGUGUAAUUAAUAUGAGGGAUUUUAACAUUCUCAUUUUUUAUGUUAUGCUGUGUAAGAAUAAUUGCGAAGAAAUAUGCGAAGGGGGUUUCAACUUUCUCACCCCUGAUCGAUUAAACGUGCCCGCGAACUUACUUCCUGUUCUGUCGACACGUGAAAUGUCAAGAUCUCUGAUUUGCCUUGAUCUUUCACCUCAUUACAAGCUAUUGAUAAUAUCCAUCAUUGAAUAAAUACGAAUGCG